UCUCCUAUUUUAGUGACCGUGUAAUUGACAAAGCAUGUAAAAUAAACCGUUGUUGGCUCUAUUCAUUGUUUAAGAGAAUCCUAUUUGUGAAUAGUAGCUGGUAAACAAGCUUAGUUUAUGUGUUUAUAUGAAAACAAUAGUGUACAUAGUUCCUAAGUUUAAGUAUUGUGCGUAUCGAAAUUGCAAAUGUCAACCUAAGAAAGAACAUUAGGAUUCAGGAAUUUUUGUCAUUCUGUGACUGCUAUUAAAAGAAUAUGUCAUAUUAUAUAUUUUCUAAGAGCUUCUAAUUGAAGCCAACGAAGCGUGAAGAGAGAGGAAUUUUUUGAUCGAUGCCAGAUUUAUUGAAUAUUCCUGUCAAUGGUCAAGAUGGAAUGAGGGAUACUUUUAAAUGGUUUGGAUUGUAUGAGAUGAUAGAAAAAGUUCUUUUAUCUGCUAAAAGUAACUUGAAAUAUUGACAAAAUUACAAUCUAUUGAAAAACUGGCGUCACUAUUACUGAUCAGUCAAUACAACCAAGAAACGAGAAAUUUGUCGAGAAUUGAUAUGAAAGGAAUUAGUUCUUGUUGAUCAAAUUACGAGGAAUGUAUUUAAUGUAAUCGCUUAGAGAGGAUUAUUAAAGCUUAUAGUAGUAGGCUUUACUCUCAUAUGUGCAUAAGUUCCAUUCUGAUGACACAAAAUUGAUUGGAUUGAUAAAUAGUUUACUUACCGCCGCUAUUAACUAUUGUACACUCAUACUCGAUAGAUAAUCAACAUAAUUAUUCGCCAAUUAAUAUAAGACUGGAAGAGAGUGAAUGAAUUGUUUAUAUCUUUUAUUUACAAGAUUCUGUGAUUUCUCGGUGGUGCAAGUUGAUAAUGCUUUUUUGAGUGAAAAUGCGAACAUGUGCUUUCAGCAAUAACAAUUCUGUGAUCAUUCAGUUUGUUGUGAUUCAUGGUUAAGAUAGCAUUGGCAAACAAUAACUAUAUAUAUAUGUAUAUAUGCGUGUGAAUGUGGUACACUGUUGAUACAGGAGUAAAUAAGAAGUUAUCAGCUAAAUUUGAACAAUGACAUUAAAUGGUAUAUUUUUAUCUACUAAAUACCAGAAUAAAUUGAUGUUAAGAUGAAAAUGAUAAAGGUUCUAGUUGCUUGGUUGGUGACUUGUUAACUAUUGGUUAGAGAGGGAAAUAUCAAUACUUAAUCUGCUAUAUGGUGAACUACAGUACAUUGGGGACAGUACACAGUAGGGACUCCUACAACUUAGAAAGUAAAAGUUGCGUUACUCGUGGUAAGUGUUAAAGAUACCUACUGUUAUUACAGUAGGAUAAAGAAGUAAUUUAGUGGAGAUUAUGGCAGGAUGUAGAUGAAGUAAAGGAAACAAGUGUAUAUACUGUUGUGCACUAUUAACUAAUAGCGUUGAAUGGGAUAUUCUAGUGUUUUAUUUAAAGAAAUUUUAUUGGAAAGAUUUUGUGAUCAGCAGGUUCUUUAUGCCUUUCAACAUGUUCUUGAGGCAUCGAUAACAGUUGUGUAGAUAUUGAGGGAAACGAGUGUACAUGCCGUGGUCGACCAUUAACUAAUAUUAUUGAAUGAGAUUGUGUUAGAAUUUAAUGAAAUUAAGUUAGAGCAGUGAUUGAAUUAUUUAGAGAACCAUGUGGAGUAUUAUUCAUGCCUAUCAACAAUAUGCUAACAUGGGACCGUACCCUCUACCUGCAUUACCUCCUAGACCAAGCUUUGAGGACUCCAACAGUAUGGAGUCGGUGUCCCACUCGUACCGACCGAUGGACACCACCUCUCCAGACAACAUCUCUAAAAGUCGGAAAAAUAAAGAAGAUAAGUACUGUGGUGUAUGUGGAGAUCGAGCUCUAGGAUACAACUUUGAUGCCAUCUCUUGCGAGUCUUGCAAAGCUUUCUUCAGACGAAAUGCUCCUAAAGGGCUGGAUUACUUUAAGUGUCCUUAUGAAGAGAAAUGCAAAAUGGAUGUGUCCAAUCGCAGAUUUUGUAAAAGAUGUCGGCUACGAAAAUGUUUUGAAAUAGGAAUGAGGAAGGAAUACAUCCUUACAGAAGAAGAAAAAACAAGAAAAAGGAUGCGAAUUGAAGAAAACAGGGUCAUGGGUCAAGGGCCAAGGUCACAGCUUGGGGUCAAAUGUGGCCAGUCAUCACUUAAAAGAAGGGAAAAAGAAGUUGAAAAAUUUCGUCAUCAGUCUGGUGAUGUGACGUCCUCCAACAACCGUUUGCGCCCUUUGGAUCCGGAAGAACAGUUGGCCAUCAAUGAAUUACUCUCUGCCUACCAACAGUCUCUAGAAAUCUCUGUUGAUAACGACAUCUCCAGGAACAACCCGUCCAUGACAGACCUGGUCAACAUUGCUGAAAUCAGUGUCCGCAGAGUUAUCGAUAUGUCCAAAAAGAUAAAGUCAUUCAAAGCUCUGUCCCAGACAGAUCAGAUCAGCUUAUUGAAGGGUGGUAGUAUAGAACUGCUUAUCAUUCGCUCUGUCAUUACCUUUGAUCGUGAGAAGCAACACUUCUUAGAUCCAUAUGAUAACGGUAAAUAUGCCAUGACAGCAGAACAGUUGAAAAUCGGUGAAGGUUCUGGCUUAUUUGAUGAACAUAUGAAAUUUGUUAAAUCUUUAGCCAUGGAUUUAAAAGCAGAUGAAACAGUGCUCAUACUCUUACUGGUCAUUUCACUCUUCUCACCCGAUCGUCCUUGUAUCAGUGAUAAAACUUAUAUAGCUAAAGAACAGGAUAAAUAUGCCUUACUACUUCAACACUAUCUUGAGUCCAAGUAUCCUGUUAGCUAUGUUAGAACCAUCUACCCCAAACUGCUCAUGAAACUUACAGAUAUACGAAACUUGAACGAGGAACAUUCGCAAGUCUUACUGAAAGUCAAUCCAGAAGGAAUCCAGCCUCUGAUGAAGGAAGUUUUGGACCUCAACGUCAACAAGCUGUAGAGAGGAGAAAACUAUUCAAAAUGGACUCCAUUUAUUUCACCAGGACAGCGUCCAGAUUGGUGCAUUGACCACCGAAUGGGAAGACUUUUAUUUCCAAAAUAUAUUAAAGGAAUUUUUCCUUCAUGAUUCAUGAGGAUGUUGAUUAUGGACUCAUUGGCAUUUGGUGCAAACAAUAUCUAAUGAACUUUGAACUGAAGGUUUCCGUACCUCAAAUUGUAGAAUGGCUCAUUCUCAACUUGUAUAGGACAAUGUUAUAACAUAUAUUAUAUUAUAGAUAAGACUUGUAAAUAGUGCAUUGUGCAAGCUACAAAAAGCACACUAAUAUAAAUAUAUAAACUUGUUUGUUUGAAAAAAAAAAUAUAUAUACUUAACGUACGUAACAUCUGGCUGAUGUAUUGGUUGGUUCGUGUGGUGAAAGUAUUGCCAAACUGACUCUAGAUGUCUUAAUGCUAAUGUUCUAGGACCUUUUGUGAAUGAUAUUAAAAACACAUUUAGAACUGAAUGGUGAUACAGUUGGGUGCUAAAAGAAUGAUUGACAUUACUUCUGAGAACUGAUUAGUUGGUCAUCCUGAGCUCUUUUCAUCCGAUUAAAGAAGUCGUUCUCCUGCUUUUGAUUGGAUGAUGUUGGAGCCAUAUAUUAUUUUUAUUUUCGUGAUUUUGUUAUUACUCGCUGAUAUUGUGACGAUAUUGUGUUUGUGCAAAAGUCAUUCUCAGGACAUACAGUAUAGAUGUUAACAUAUCUACAACUAUCACACAUCACUUACCUACUCAAACUUAGACGAAGCAAAAAUGGUCGCGAAUUUGGAAGAUGGUGGAUGGUGGAGCGGAGAAGUAAGAUAUGGUGCAUUGUUUAAAUACAGAUACCUUCUUGAAACCCUGUAAACAUUUAAACAUAAUGAUCUGCUGAAGUUGGCUCAGCUUUAAAUCAAUUAUUAAUCGUGGCUUGUCAUCAUUGCUUACACUUACAGUUGUUGCAGACAUCACUCACCUCACAGCUUAUGGCCAAACGUUCUUAUGUACCGAUUCCACUCAAAAAUAUUACUUAAAAAUGUGUGAAAUAGUAUUUAUUGACAUUUUAAGUGUUAAGUCUAUGUUACGCUUAUCUUACUGAUAGAACACCAUGCACCAGUCCUGCAGCCGAAAUUUACACUUAGAAACAAUCUAUUUCAACGUUUUACUUUCUAUUGAUUAGAUCCGAUCAGAUCGUGGAACUGUUGUUAAUAUUUUAGGGUGUCUACGAACCGUAAACUCAAUUAUCCCUGUCUUAAUUCUUAGACUGUCUGUUUUACAGCCAAUAGAUGGCGACAGUGCUUUAAGAACCUAUGCGUCACUCAUCUUGUAUUUUAUUCUAAGUAAUUAUUUAACAUCAUUCUUGUAAUAAAAUUUCAACUUGAUAUUCACCGGUGUAGGGCAAACUGAAUCAAAAAUAAAGCUCUUCAAUUGAAUUGUGAAUUGAUUUUUCCAGUGCUUACAAUAAUGAGUUCACUCAACCAAAUCUUGGGUAAUUCAAAGUGGUUUUUAACCAGCAAUGUAACUUUUAUGUUAUUUUGAAUGCCAAAUGCAGUAAUGGCAUCGAAGGAAGGAGAAGCACUUUGGGCCAUUACCGUCCAGAUUAGCUGCAUUGUCUACACCUGAUGUUGUAAGCACGGCUUAAAAUAGUCUUUUUUCAUCUCCUUUUACGUAACAUAUAGGAGCUUUUCACAACCAGAAAAGGAUGUUAAUGACCUCUUCCAUUGCCAAAUCAAUUCUAUGGAAAAUUUAAUAAAUAUCCUUUCUUUCAAAUCCUGGGUUGUUUUUUUCUGAAUCAAAACAGAUAUGGAAAAUUUAAUAAAUAUCUUUUCUUUCAAAUUCUGUGGGUUAUUUUUCUGAAUCAAAACAGAUACUAUGAAACUUUUGUCCACCAAUGACAUGAUUCAUGUUUUAGUCAAAAGCAAUAAGUUUGUAAAUGUACGCAAUGUAUUGUUUGACGAUGCACAGAUCCUAUCGGCUUGAUGCAAAACUGUUGCUUAUUUGCUUGAAUUCUGCAACUUAUUUCUUAAUCGUAAGAUAAGAACAUGGUACAUCAAACAAUGAAGACAGUAUUAGUCAAAAAAAAUAAAACUUGAAAAUUAAUCUUCCAAUUUUAAUUUGUACCUGCCUCAUUUGAUAAUGUCUACUUCUUGCCGAUGAUUGUUUUAGACAUUUUUAGAUCCAUUUUUGUGAUUUUAUUUUUAACAAUUACACAAUCAUUAAUUAUUGAUUUGUUAGAAUUUCUUAUUAAGCUUGAUCCAUUUUAAUUUUGAACAUGUUUUCAUAUGUGUUGACAUUCAAAGCAAUAGAAUACUUUUAGAAUUUUGAGUAAAAGUUUAUGAGUCCUUGUUGAAAGGGUUAUGACGUGUUAUCUGCAGUAAAGUUUUAUUAGAAUGAAAUUUUAUUUUAUUAAUGUAAAUAAUUUGUAUUAAAGAUAGAAUUUUUUGUCUAAGUCUGUUCAUCAUUUCAUUCUUUAUCAUUUAAUUAGUCAAUCAUAACCUUGGUUACAGUCUUUUUGAAUGGAAAGUAAAAUUGAACUUCUGCAUGCAGCAGCCAUUUUUAAUUUUGAACUUAGAGGUCAUGGUCAUUUAAUUAUACAGAUUGUAGAGUUACGGUUUGUGAAAUUAAUGAUUUUUUAAGAAUUAUUUAUAUGAUUUUUAUCCAAUGAUAGGUAAAAGGUUUUAUGUAUUAUUUAUCCCAUGUAAAAAUUCAAUUGUUUAGAUUCUUAUAGUAAUUAUUUAGCCAUCAUAGAAAGUGCUUAUUUCGUAUUAUAUUUUUAUUUAAUAAUCUAUAAUAGAUAACUGUUAACAAACAAGUUUUGUUUCAAGGGCAAAGAUAGAGGCUUUAAUAUCUGCUGUGUGCUGUAUGGGGUUGGUGAUAAUUAAAAUUAUGAAUGGCUGGUUUCAUUUGCUUUUAACUGUGAAAUUCAUUAUGAAAGCAUUAAUUUUCUUUUCCUUUUUUUUUUGUUUUUUUUUGUUUUUUUUUUCAAUCAUUUUGAUCAUUGUGUACGAUUCAUUUAUCACUUGUUAUUCUUAUGUAUCACCAUCACAGAGGCUUGAAACAAAUAGCAUGAUAUUAGACUAACAUGGCUAGUAAUUAAGAGAUCAAUGAUCUAUCAUCACUUACCGUUUCAAGCCCCUGUGAUCACCAUCAGGAGUUAUAUACCGGUUUGUUCUUCUGUUGUCCAAUAUGGACGACACCAAUGUAUAUUACAUGUCAUUGUUGAACAUAUAUAUAAAUAAGUAAAUAUAUAUAUAAAACAUUUAGAUGGGUAGGAAUAACUCUUUAGGAAAUCUUGAAGAAAAUGCAUGAAUAGUAGACCUAGAUUGUAUUUAAUCUGCGAAAGUCUACGCACACCUCUACAUUGUACUAUAUAUAGGAUACAGCAAGCUUCUUUUUGUGCUAAUUUUAGACCCUUUUUGUUAGCGUUUCUGUGAUGUCAUUUAUGAUAUUGAGUUUUAUGUGAAAGACUUGCAUAUAAGCGUAGAUAUCACAACAAGGAUGAUAUCACCUAGCAAGGAGAUCAAAAGAAAAACAGCUUGGAGCAAUUUCUCAGGUAUAUUGAUCCCAUGCACUAGUAAUCAUUAAAACAUUGGCAUGGUUGCUACCCAUAACAAUUCUAUUCAAGAAAGGAUUUUUUUUAGACCUUCUUUUUAUUUCUUGAAUGUUCGAAAAAAUAUGUAACUAGACAAAACGUUGCAGAAUCAAUUUGAUCAAACAAUGGUUCAAUGUUUCCUGUGUACUUUACCUUCUGGCUAAUCUGACAUUUUCUUUAAAGCAAUUCAUGAUGAUACUUUUGCUACUUUUUUGUGAAAAAAAAAAGGAUCAUUUUGUGGGGCUCGAAAAAAAAAAACAUGUUUAGUUAAACCAUGGGAUAUUUUGUUAUUUGGGAAAAUCUAUUAUUAAGCUGAGUUUUCAAGUAUUUGAUUUUUGGCAAGCAUGUUUUAUGAUGUUCAAUACAGACAUUGAAUGUGAAAAUAUUCAUUUUCUGUGAAUGUUCUCUUUUUAAGAAAUGACAUAAUGUCAUAUUUGGAAAUGUGCCAUAUAAUAUACAGAUUAUAUUUGAAAAUUUGUUGUUUUUUUUCUUUUCUUCUUUUUGUACAUAGAUGUAGAAUAUAUUUGUUUGUUUAUUCUGAUAAUGAAUAUGCAAGAUUUUAAUUAAAACAUAUUAUUGAUAAGAGAUCUUGAAACAUAUUUUUUAUUAAAACUACUUGGCUAUAGAGAGAAAAGAAUAGAAUUACACUAUUUGUAAUGUUUCAGCGGAAUUGCUUUGAAAAUAGGCAUGACAAAAUUUCAGUGGUUGGACACAAACCUUGCUUGUACAUUCAGUGAUUCAGAUAAUGAAGCUUAUUAGCAAGUUGAUAAUGUUGUAUAUUUGUUAUUAAAUAAUGUUCUUCUUCAAACAUUAUUAGUGAUUAUUGUUAAUUAAGACAUAAAUUCAUCCUUAAUCCUAACUAUGCAUUUACAUAAUUCCUUGACGUGUCUUUUUAAUGGUUCUCAUGUGAAGCAAUAAGUGUACUAUAUAAUGUACGACAUCAUUAUUAAAGUAGAGUAUAUUAUUAUAUCAAACCAUAACUAUAAUGAUGACCAUCAUAUUGAUAUUAAUAAACUUAGAAGAUCCAUAUCCAUACACUUUAUAUAAAGAAAUUUUAUGAAUUUAUUAGCCCUGAGGUAAUUUCCAUCGCUGUUAAUUGAUUGAUUAAUCCAUAAUUAUAAUUAUAUCUGGCAGCAAUACAUAAUUAUAUCAUAUUUUUGUAGAUUUUCUUGAAUAUGCAAAUGAAAAAAAAAACAUUACAUCAUUUAUUAAAUGAGUGCAUUGGGAGGACUUGGUCUUACUGUUGCCAAUGUACAUGUACAUUUAUUUGUUGAAUAUUGUGGUUUUAUGAGUCAGUGCUGUAAAAAAGGGGGAGUUGUUUUUUAUGUAUAAAUUCUUAUUAAUUAUCUAAUCAAUCAGUGGAGAUAUUGGCACAUAAUUUGAUCUGCUUUGCAUACAUUCAUUCAUCUUUUCUUAAUUGGAUCUCUAAUUGAAGAAAUAAUUGUUAAUUGAUAUUCAUGUAGUAUGUAUUUGAUCUUCCUAUAUGUACAGUAGUUCAAGCACAAAUCAUGGUGAAGUAAUCACAAUUCAUGGCUCUGUCAUAACUAGCUUCAAAUUACAGAAAUAAAUAGUUUAUUCCUACCCUA